AUGGUGCAGCCGUGCGACCCGUCGUCCGCGUUCUUCGGCUUCAUGGGGGUGACCUCGGCCAUCGUCUUCGCGAACUUCGGGGCGGCGUACGGCACCGCAAAGUCCGGCGUGGGCAUCUCCUCCAUGGGCAUCAUGCGCCCGGACUUGGUGGUGCGCUCCAUCAUCCCCGUGGUCAUGGCCGGCGUCCUCGGCAUUUACGGCCUGAUCACCGCCAUCAUCAUCAACGGCAAGAUGGCGCCGGCCGCAGGGUAUUCCGCCUACCUUGGGUACGCGCACCUCGCCGCUGGCCUCACGGUCGGCAUGAGCUCUCUCGCGGCGGGCCUGGCCAUCGGCAUCGUUGGUGACGCGGGCGUGCGCGCCAACGCCCAGCAGCAGCGCCUGUUCGUCGGCAUGAUCCUCAUCCUCAUCUUCGCCGAGGCCCUGGGUCUCUACGGCCUCAUCGUGGGCCUCGUGGUCGCGAACGCCAGCAUCGACCCCAGCAAGCCGCUGUGCACGCCGUACAACCAGUGA